AUGGAAUCGGCGCAGUCGCGCAUCUGUCUACCGGAGGUUUUCGACCCUGACGACAUCGAUCCCGAUGAUUCGGGACAAGAAGAUCGUAGACACGCUAUGGUAGCUCUGACCGAGACGUUUCAAGAUGGUGGUAGCAUACCUCAACGCAUUCGAGUGUUGGCAAUGACAGAGCUGAAAGAAUUCAGUGGCAAGGAUCGCGAUGAAGAUUGGGCCAGAAGCUGGAUCAGCAAGGUCAAAUCGGCCUUCUUGUGCGAUCAAGCACCCGAUGAGGAGAAGUGUUUGGUGUUCGGAGAUCUGCUAACAGGACCUGCUCGACACUGGUAUAACCAACUAGGUCGAUUCACUCGAAAGAAGUGGAAGAGAUUGCUAGAUAAGUUUAUGGUACAGUAUGGAGGGCAAGGUGUGUCUCUGGCCAGACAAUACUAUCUUGCACGGAAACGAUCGGAUAUAAAUUCACAGGAGUAUCUACACUGCCUAAAUGUCGGGGCUAAGCAUGCCACGAUCGCGAUCAGAGACGAGAGGGUGACCACAUCGGACACACGUCGUGAACAUGUGGAACAUUUCAUUGCCACGUUGGACGAUCGCGAUCUGGCCAAGCAACUGACCCUACUACGAUUGGUCGAUGUCGAUAAGCUGGAUGAGACGCUACGUGCGUGCCAAAGUAUGGAGAGUCGUCAGUUGAAGACGUCGACAGGAUCGAACAAGUUCCACCAGCGAGCGAAUGCCUUCCAAAUCCUACGCCAUCCAAGACUGCUCGAGCGGUGA